AUGACACACCCGCUGGUGCCGUUGGAGUCUUUGUCGCGUGUGCGCGACAGACAGUACAUCUGUGUCAAGGCCAUGGUGGUGGAAAAUCCUGGAAGCACUGAGAGAUUGACCGGCAGUGGCCCGUUGUCGGUGUGCAAUGCCGUCGUCCAAGAAGGGACGACGCGUGUGAGGUGUGCCUUCUGGAGAGAGAUGGCAGAGAAGUUGGCCGCUGUGGCUGUGGACUCUUGUGUUCUGUUGUAUCAAGUGCUUGUGUCCAAGAAAGCUGGAGACGAGGCUUCGUGGGAACUCGGCUCCUGGCGAGGAACGCAGAUUUUGCCCUGUCCGCGCGAUUUGGCAGAUCAGAUGACCGCAACUUUGGCUGACAAGGAGGCCUGCCGGAUGUUGACCCAUGUUCCCGUCAAGGACUACAAGAACUGUCCGGCUGUUGCGACCUCGUUGAGUGCUCUCAUGGGCGUCAUCGUCCCCGGAGCGGUGAGGAAAGUGGAAACUGUGUUCGAAGUCGUUGGCCUGCAGGUCAUGGGGAUCACGUCGGUGCGUUCCGAAACCGAUGAAUGGAUUCUGGACAGCUGCAGUACUUGCAAACGUGCAGCUCCAUGUCAGGCGCACGCCACUGCGCCAACGGAGCGUCGACUUGCUCUGCGACUCACGGUGGCAGACUCGAACGCACAGUGCAGCCUGAUGAUCUAUCAUGAAGGUAUUUUGGCUGUUGCCAAGCUGCUGAACGUUGAGCUGACCACAUCGUUGCAGGACACGCGGAGUUUGAGAACGCAGCUUCGUGAUAUGUUUCGAAGUGCUCAAUGGACUUGUCGUUUCACAUUCCGUGGCAAUGAAUACCAAGAAGUGCUGGAACUUGAUCUUCGGCAUCUGGAACCUUGUUUGGUCACAACACGUGAAGCAGUUGCCGCAACCUCGCCGGAGCUGUUGCGACGCCCAGUGACACAUCAUCAUAUGCACGCAGGCUGUCCGGUGGUCUCCCUUCGUGAUGUGACAGAAGACAAAGACCUGGGAAUGUUUACCUUUGGGCGUAUCGAUUGCACCGCAAUGCGGGCUUUGGUUGCCUUCAACGAGGUCGACUUGGCAGAUGAUGAAGCUUUGCAGCAGGAUCCAAACACGACCUCGGCCAUUCGUGUCAAGAGGUCUGUCGAUUGCCUGUUGUCGCAGCGCGCUUCGGACAUGCCUUUUCGGGCCAAGCUCCGUUGCGCUGGCCCUUCUUCGGCCGUGAACUGGAUGCUCCGAGGAUCCGCAGGUCAAGUCUUCCAAGUGGUCCUUGGCCAGACCGACAGUUUUGGAGAAUACUCGGUUUUGUGGCAUGUGCCGGUCGUGCAAGAACGAGUUCCUGAAGUGACAGCUUUCUGGGAAUUUCUCAGCGCCACUGAAUCCAAAGAUGCAGGCUUUCAGUUUGACAAGGAUUGGGAGACGCCGUUGAAGCGUCUGCGAGGUCUGCGUGACGGGAUGCCCGAGCAGGAACGUCACAGCGAUGCCUGGCACAGCGGAGAUGCCGACCUGUUGGUCAAGCAGACGACGGUAGUGAUUCCAUGGAGACUGGAUCUCUCGCUUCGCAGCCCAGCCUUUCAGGAGAUCUACGGCCUGCUGACCAAAUUGAUCGCCAAUGGCCUGACCCAGUUGAUCCUCCUCAGGCUUGAACACCAUCAGUCUGCCAGUGACUUUGAGUUUUUCAGAGCCAUGGCGAGUGAACCAGAUCGAGAUGGGGAAGACGACCUGGUCACAGAGGAAGGUGGAUGCAAACUAUGUGACCAGCAAUGGGGCCACAAUGACAAAGCAGCCAGGUUUGCACAGCUUCGCAAGGAGAAGCUGACUGAGAAGGUGCUGUUUCCGUCCCGCAAGGGACGACACCAGCGUCUGGAUCUUCAGACUUUGAUCCAGCGGGCAGAGGAGGAUUACAUAGAUUUCCAGGACGUAUCCACGCUGGUGGAGAUUGACGAGUACGUCAAGACACACUGCAAGUCGUCAAACAAGCCGAGGACUCUAACCGAAAAGAGAAAGUGGUGCAAAGAUCAGGGCAUUAAACUGAUCAAGCACCCCAAAUCGGGGAAAGACGCCAUCCCGAUCCUCGACCGAACGGUCAUGUUGAGUGGCACCCGAGUCAGUGCUGCAAAAGUGAAGCAGGAGGUCCACGACCAGAAGGGGGAGGCAAAAAAAUCCUUUGCAAGAGCGCGUCAGGAUUUUGAGGUUCAAACCAACACGAAAGCAGAUCUGGACAAGGCCUUGGCCGAGGGGAAGGAUGAUGAGAGCGAUUCCAGUGACUCCGAUUCGAGUUCCAAUUCAUCUUCUCCCACAUCCAUGAAGCUGCAGUCAGCAGGUUCUGAGGAUGCGAAACCUGGCUCCAAAGCCAAACAAAGGAAAGUGAGUCUGGGCGGAGAGGAGUCGACAGCAGGGGCUUCGCCAAGGACUUCUGAAAAAGAAGAGCAGGUAGAGAAGAAUCGGGACAAGAAUCAUGAGCGAACAGAAGCUACACUCACUGCCUGCCAAAAAGUCAGGGAUCUUCUAGUCGAGCUCACGCCAGACGUGGUCUGGCGAUCGUUGGUUCGGACCACAGAGCUGGAACGACGACUUGCCAAGGUGGCUCCAACAGAACGGGAUUUGCGAAAGAUUUCCGCCAGUGGAGACAAAGCAGACCGACAACAGAAGGCUCGAGCAUCGCAUCUUCAGGAUGAAAUCCAGAGCUUGUCAGAAACUGUGAAUGCCAUGAAGCUUACCUUCCAAAUGGUGAGGAGCUCGGAGCCGUCUACACUCAUCCGGGAGGUGUCCAGCGGACAGGACCUCCCAAAGUACGUUCAGCAAUUUGCCCACAAGCUCUUCAACGCGGACGUCACAGUCUUGAUUGACUUUACUCAUUCUAUCGCCAAGAAAUUGGUGGAGGCAUUGUGGUUUUGA